AGACCAAGUGUGGAAAUGAGGAAAGCGUCUCACAGCAAUAAUCACUGGGUCAUUGGUGUCAUUCUUGACCACUGAUAGUAACAGGAAAUACAACCAAAACUUAGUAUCGGAUUAGGAGUCACUUAAUUUUGGAAAAUAAGUUAUUUUGGAAUCAUUUCUAGAGAAAAAAAAAGCUUUCAAAUUUUCACUACUGGCUAGUCGGUAGAAACUGGAAAAGGAUUAAAUCCCAAGUCUUAAACAAUAAACAUCCUGAAUUCCUAAUUCCUACCUAAAAAAAUUCUCCUAUUCUGCAUUCCUGUUUUGCUACUCCUACUGCUCUGUUCUACAAUCGUUUGCGUCUGGUCACCUUCCUCUCUAUCAAUAUGUAAUACUUUUACUUUGAUUUCAACAAUUAAUGUGAAUGGUAUUCAUAGUAUCACUCUUUCAUGUUUGCAAAUUGCAAUGAUUCUGAUUUCUAAUAGUCUGAUUUGACGCUUGAUGCAAGCUGGAAAAUAGCGCGGAGCACCGGCACACAGUACACUCGCCAUAUUCUAUAUUCAACUCGCAUUUUCUUUAUGUCCGGCGACCUCGAGAAUCCAAAGUCCACUGAAGUGAAUAAAAAUGUAGAUGCAACUGGUUCCUCUGGAACUGAAGUACGAGUGACAUGGUAUGGUUUCUUGAUGCAACAGGCAUCAGUAUAUGGAGUAGCUGCUGGCUAUUGCCUGUCGGCAUCUUUGCUCUCAAUCAUCAACAAAUGGGCUGUAAUUUCAUUCCCGUAUCCUGGUGCACUAACUGCACUGCAGUAUUUCACCAGUGCUGCAGGCGUUUUAGUUUGUGGCUGGCUAAAGUGGGUAGAACAUGACCGCCUUGACCUUAUGACCAUGUGGCGGUUCCUUCCUGCUGCAAUUAUCUUCUAUCUCUCUCUUUUCACCAAUAGUGAGCUCCUCCUCCAUGCGAAUGUAGACACAUUCAUUGUUUUCUGCUCGGUAGUCCCCAUCUUUGUUGCCAUUGGAGAGACCUUCUUUCUGCAUCAGCCAUGGCCAUCGGUCAAAACUUGGGCCUCACUUGCCACUAUCUUUGGUGGGAGUGUCCUAUAUGUGAUCAUCGAUUAUCAGUUCACAGUGAUGGCUUACAGCUGGGCUUUAGCUUACCUAGUUAGCAUGUCUAUUGAUUUUGUUUACAUAAAACAUGUGGUUAUGACCAUUGGUUUGAACACAUGGGGCUUAGUCUUGUACAACAAUCUUGAAGCUCUUCUACUCUUUCCACUAGAGCUGUUUAUAAUGGGCGAGCUGAAGAAAAUAAAACAUGAGAUAGCUGAGGAGUCUGAUUGGUAUUCAUUUGGCGUCAUCCUGCCCGUGGCUUUGUCAUGCUUGUUUGGACUUUCGAUCUCUUUCUUUGGCUUCUCUUGCCGACAAGCUAUCUCCGCCACAGGCUUUACAGUUCUUGGAAUAGUUAACAAGUUAUUAACCGUUGUUAUCAACCUUAUAAUCUGGGAUAAACAUUCAACUCUUGUCGGAACAGUUGGUCUUCUUAUCUGUAUGUCGGGUGGUGUUAUGUAUCAGCAGUCUUCAAGCAAACCAAAGCCCGUGAAAGCCACAGAGCCACAUGAAAGCCAAGAGGAAGAACAAAAACUGUUGGAGAUGCAGAACAAUAAAGAAGAUCAUAACAAUUUAGAGUCAAGUUCCAAAGUAGAAGAAUAAUAAGACUUUUUUGUUGCUCAAGGACUGUACUCUCUAUUGCCACGCGAAGAGAUCAUAAAAUCUUCAUGGAAAGAUCAGAUGCAUUUUGAGGUAAAAAUGCAGUGCCAAUCGUUAGGCAUUUUUUUGUCGAUUACAAUUGGCAAGCAGUGUAUUGUUCUUGUAAUUUGCCUGGCCGAGACUUUACCGUUUCAACUACCAUAUAGAAGAAACCUAUUCAUUCCAGAAUCUUAUUCUUUGAAUGUCCAGUUUUGCUAAUUGCAGAACACCAAGUUGAAAUUGUACUGACUGUAGAACAGCAAGUCAAAAUUAUGCAGUGAAAUUAACUAAACUAAUGAGUCGGAACUUGGAAGGAACCAUAUCAUCUCUUUCAAAGACUUGUACUCUCUGUCCUAAUUUAU